AUGGUCGCCAUCUCCCCAGCCGUGAAGGAAAUCAGAUUCCUGCUUCCACAGGCAGCAUCAACGUUCAAGAACUUUGUUCUGAAGGCAUACCCGGAAAUCAAGAAACAACACCCAUACCUGCCUGUGCUCAUCAGAGAAUGCCAGGGCGUCCAGCCGACCGUUGUGGUGAGACUGGACAAGGGCGUGGAGGUGAAGAAGCACGUGGGGAACUUCUCUGAGGCGGAGCUCAAGAACUUGCUGCAGAACCCGUAG